GCAGCUCACUCGUACGUAAACCUUCGCGCGCUGUACGAACAAAUAAUCGACUUUCCGUUACGAAUUUGGAACGUUUUACACCGGUAAUGUCGGUUUAACUGUCGUUUUUGAACGCGUGUCUGUUUGACCAUCCAUAAUUCGCAUUGCGAUUCCAAGGAGACAUACUUCACUUUGCUAAGUUUGUGUCUUAACGUCUGUGAGGAAACGUGUGUAGCUCUUCCUGCCCUGUGGUAUUUGCGAGCAUAGUGUCUAUUCAGUGCAGUGGAAUGUGAGCAAUGAGUUUGUGGAAGUGCUAAGUUCGCUAAGUUAAACUGAUCACAUAACAAAGAGUUGAUUCCGUGAUUGGUAUUCAUCUGGAGCGCUUGAUUUACACACCGAUUGGCCAUAUCUCACUUGUUAUAUGGACCGGGUCAUUAAACACGAAAAGCGCAACAAGAAGGCAAAGAGGAAACAAAGAACGCAAAAUGUGACCACCGACCGAUGCACCAAAAGCAAAACAGAAAAUAUCUUCAAAUUCAUGAGUCUUGUCUCAAGAUUACGUGAUUAAGAGCACACUAUUUAUUGUAUUUUUUUUUAACUUUAACAUAACGAAUCUAGUCGCCGUAGUUCUUUUAUAACGAAGCAAUUUAGACAUUAAUAAGAGCGUAAAGCAAGAAUUAGUACAAACAGAAGAAUCAGUACAAAAGACUAACGGGAAACCUAAUGUUGAUUUAAGAAAUAAAUUGAUUAAAUUAGAAAGUUCCCGAAGACAGCAGUCAAGAUGUCAACAAUUUCAGGUUACGAGAACAGUGUUUUGAAGAGCAGUUUCUCGCUAUCGUCGCUCCGAUCUGCGCCAGCGCCACCCUGUGGCACCGGUGAUCAGCUAGAGCGACCGUACCACAGCCUCACUAAAAAGAGGAAGGAGCCAUGUCGGGAAGCGUGGCGUCGCAGCUGGGGCAGUGCUGCCAGCGGUGGCAGCGUGGUCGAUGACCUGUGGCCGUUGCUGCAGCAUCACUAUGAGUACAUCAUGGACAACCAGAUCAUCGACAGUUGUAAGGAAGCAAACGGCGAGCUGUUGUCAAACAAUUCGUCAGUAUUGCAGAACAGUCCGCGGCUCCUCAACCCCACAUCCAGCUUUAACAGACAGUGGUCGCUGAGUCAGCUGAUAUCGGAGUUCAGUGAACUCUGCCGGUGGCUCACGCACGUCCAAGAGGAGAUAUAUUCUAGUCCCGAAAACCUUUCGAGCAGGAAGUUGAGAAUGAACCGAAUGUCAGAGCUGGUUUCGGUGGAGCCGCGCCGCGCCAAGUUCAUAGAGCAGGCAGCUGCUAUCCUUGAUCGAAUUCCAGAGGCUGCUGCGGAGGUGACGUGGCGGAUGGAGCAUCUGAACGUGAAGUGGGAAAGCUUGAGAUUGCUGCUUAGUCCGGACCAGCGGAACCGGGACGGUGAAUGUUCCGACACUGUCGAUCCGGCACACGAGCUUCGCUGUCUCCGGCGUUGGCUGCACAGUAUGGAGGGUCGGUUACCACCACCGGCGUUGGGCGCAGCGAGAGCGGCUCCCUACCACGAGCUUAUGCGGAAGCUUAGUGAACAUCAGGUAUUGCAACGGGACGUGGAAUGCCACGGCCGGAUUGUGAGCUCAGUGGUGAGGUUGUGCGGAGGUGGCGACGUCGCGCGAGCGCUAGAGCGGCGUUGGCACUUGCUGUACCUGAGAGCCAUCGAGUGGCAGUGCCACCUUGAAGCUUGUCUCGCUAAGACUGACAACCAGAACUGCCUGCCAGUAGAAGCAGCGAGCGACAGUGACGACGAACCAGCACUGAAACAACCGAGGCUGAGCAGACGUGGAUCUCCGCGGCGACAACGCACGCCAGUCAAUGCGCGACAUCGAGACAGCUCAGAGGACAGUCGACAGUCUGCCUCCGAGGAAGAGCACGAAUAUGCUGUAAAAUACACUUGGCGCGGCUUCGGAUCGGACUGCGAGUCAGAGUUGGUGCGGCAUCAGGAGGACAAAAUGGACGAAGAUCGGCGCGUGCCCUCCGUUGAGGACAUCGAUCCUCGGCAGACAGACCAGACCGUACCUUCAAAUGGAGAUGAAAUAGAUGGUAUCAACGGACGCGAAAGUAAAUUAGAGGAAAUUCCAAAAGAAAUUAUCAAAACACCACCGACCGUAGUUAAAAGAAAAAAACCCGUUAAUACCUCAAGAUUUAAUCAAUCGGAUAGAAAAUCGAAAAAUUGUGCCACAUUUUACUUUAGACACCACGACACGGAUUCAGAUAGACAAAUGAUUGAAACAGACGAAAAAUCACAGGAGGAAUCUUCUGAAGAAGAGUGGACAUACGUGAAUGGGCCUAAAAUUGCAAACGAGGAUUCUACUGACAUAAUGACUUCAUCCGUAGAGAUACAAUGCGAAUUGCCACUAGACGAAAAGAAAGAAAGACCUCCAUCACCGAAACCAAAAUUAGAAUCGUCCACUCCUGAUCUUAUUCGUGUUGACCAGAAUUCCAGAUGUAAAGAUAUCGAAAGGCUCGUGAUUCAAGCUGAAGAAUUAGUACAGAAACAGGCACAACAACAAAUGGCAAAGAAGAAAGGAGCGAGAAACAUGAAACCGCUUAUGUUCGAAGAGGAGGGGAAGUCGGUCAGUCGUGCAAAAAUGUCGCGGAUAAAGGAAUGGUUGAAUCAGAGCACGGAUGGCAAAAUUGACAACAAUCAGGGUACAGAAAGCUACGACGCAUCUGGCGAAUACACAACAGAGAGCGAAGUCGACACAUCUUUGACAUCAGAGGAAAGGAAUAUUCAUUCUUCAAUGGACAUGAGCACCUCAACCUGCACUGUAACUCCGACCCACCACGCCAAGGUAACGCUACGGAAGAAACGCAACGGUAGCAGCGCACGCCCCUGGUCGGUAUCCUGUCUAUCGCAGCUCAGCGGUGCGGGGACAUCACUAACGGCCACCCCUACGACUGAAACCAUGCAUAAUAACAUGUCGAUAUCGGAGUCAGCACUUAACACACUGGCGUCCCCAGCGAGAGUCACGCCGGGGAACUCUAACUCGAAGUUACGAGGAAGUUCUACUACUGUACAGGGUCACGUAUCAAGCACAAACACAAUGACGGAGGCGUGCACGUCGUGCGUCGAAGCUAACGACAAACAAUGCUGGCUGCGACGAAAGCGGCUAAAACUUCGUCGUCACAACAACACGAAUUCUAGGAGGGAAAGAUUGGUGAAAUCGCUGUCGUUUUGCGGAAGACUUAGUCCGGAGAUAGAAGAUAAGCAUGAGAGAAGCGCUGCCAGUGACCCCGCUACUAGUAGAAAGAACAGGUUCGACACUACAUCAACAUCAGGCAACGACAGUGAUGAGGAACUGAUAAAGCAGCAAUUGGCGACUAUAGCAAACCUGCGCAGGAGCAUCGAAAAGACACACAUAUCAAACAAGGAACCAGACAGUGCCAUCCCGGAACAGAAUGAAUCUGAACUAGCUACUCCCAGCUUUAAAUUAGGCCCCGAAGGUGGAGCCGUAAGACCAAGGCUUACGCGAAGUAUGGAAAGAGAAAGGACGUUCCUGGCACUGAGUUUGGGCAAUCCAAGCCAAAUGUGGGAUGUAUGUUUGGACAAGGACUCCGAUAAAAGUGUCACAGCUGGAACGGAGGAACACAGUUCUUUCUCGGAACAGGCCUGGGAUUUCUAUCAGGAAAAAUAUAACUCGGAGCCAUAUUCGGAAGCACCAGACUCGGACGCCGCUCGUCGCCUCCUAGAAUUCGGGGAUGAUUACAGAGCAUUCCUCGACUCACAAUCUGACUGUUGCUCAAGCUUAUCCGCUCAACCCGAAAACGACCAAAGCCCAAGCGGAACCCGUAGAAGAAGACCGCCUUCAGACAUCUCAAGGGAACGAAGCCUUCCUCGGUAUAAGAGACCGACGAGAACAUCUCCAGUCGAAACACCUUCCCGAAAACCUAAAAAGUCAAUGUCGAGUGCUGAACGCAAAAAGAACCUCCUCGAUAGCCUCGAAAGAUCCCGUAACAACACUAGCAUAGAAAGUAACGAAGGAGUUCGAAGACGUAAACCCUCAGAAAAUGAGAGAAAGAACAGCAAACGCUCCCCUGAAUUCGAUCUCCUCAACAUUCAAGCUUUAAGCCGAAGACGUCACAGCUCCAACCUAACCAGCGACGAAGUCAAUAGUUCGCUAGAAUACACUGAAGUUAACAACCGACCAGAUAUACUAGAUUCAUUGAAUCGAAGACGCAAGGAUAAAGAUGGGGAGAGUGAGUUGCAGAAAAUUGCUCUUUCUGAAAUGCGUAGACGUUCUACGGGUAGUGCGGACUCUGAAGGUGAAUCUUCGUCGCCGAAACACAGUCGAAGGAAUUGGGGCGACUCAGACUCGGAGUCGGAAGAAGUGCGGUCUUUAGUACGCCGUUCGAGCACGCAGCUGGAAGUGACCGAGGCUAUGAUGGCGCGACACGAGGCCUCUCCGGACAUCCUGCGGGCUUUCGACUACACGGAGGUGGUAGCUCGGUGCCGGGAAAACAUCAACCUUUUGGAUGUGGCCCUUACCGAGGGAGCGUUGUCUCCCGCAUUACAGAGAGACGUUAGAGCGGUGUCAGCAAGAUGGUCGGCGUUGCGAGCGGCUGCCAUACGCCGCGGAAGUGCUCGUCGAUUGCGCCGCGAAAUCGCAGCUCUACGUGAGACUCUUGAUGAUGUCUGCGAGCCUGGUGACUGCGCUCCCCAGCCUCACACUCGAGCACAGCUGAAUAGGAGGAUCGAGGAGCUCAAGGAGCGCCUCUCCCGUCUUCUAGAAUGCAAGGUGUCGAUGCUGAAGCUCACUGUAUCAGUGCGUCGGACGCUGGGAGAAAUGGAGUCAGAUGACAACGGCCUUACAACUGACUUGACAGCCUUACUUGCUGCAUGGGACGAUGCUCACCAACGCACGUCAAACGAACUGCUCUCACUAGAGAAGGCAGUAUGCGCAUGGGCAGAAUGGGAGAGCGCUCUUCGCGAGCUGCAAGGCGCGUUACGUGGUGACCUUGCGACGCUUCAAGCGCUUCAUGACCGCGGCACGGCGCUGGCGGAUCACUCAGAACUGACUGCUCAUAUAAGACAGCUCGCUGCGUCGCUUCUGGAUAAGAAAAAGGGUGGAUCAACAUGCGAUUCAUUGUCUGACUCCGGUAUUUCUGAUGGCGACAGCGAGGGUGCCGGGUGCCGCGCACGCAGGCUCAGUGCUUUACGCGAGCUGGCACAACGUCUGCAAGCCGCACUGGCGCCCAACUCACCCGCACAUCGAGCCAUUGCUAAGCGCAUGGAACAGACGGAGAAUGAGGUGAAAACUUUACAAGAAUCAUGCCGGGCUUUAGUUGAACAGAGCAUCCCAGACAUGAAAAUAGAUGAUGUGACGACCGACCACGCGAUCGCCGUAUCGAGUAACAAAACCGGUUCCGGAGAUCCCGAUUACACCCCUCGCAGCGGAUGGGUUUGGCGCGUACUGCGAUCCUCAAUCCCCAUACAACUAUGCCUCGUUGCUUUACUCCUAGCAGCCUGGCUUGUUGAGCGACCGAGGUGCUGCGAUGCAUUGAAUUCGCUCGCCCAAACCUUGACACCUCAACUACGUUACGUACGGGGACCGCCACCAGUGUGAACUGUGAACGCAUCUUUAUAAUAUCCUUGUGUCAACUUGUUGACAGCUGUCAAAGUCACAGCUGUCCACCUGAAAUCUGUCAAUGAGACAGUAAUUAUUUUCUAACUAUCGGUAAAUGGCGUUUUCUAGUGUCAUCCGACAUUUUUACGACGACAACUUUAAUUUUUACAUUAGCGUUUUCGGUUUAUAUGAGAAUCUAAAUAUCGAUAAGUUAAGGAGGUUAAUAUGUCAUCCGACAUUGUGGACUCGGUUAAAGGUUAUAGAUAAGUACUAUAUGUAAAAGAUCUGUCAGUAAGAAUAGAUGUUAUCGUUACUUAAGUAAAUAUCGAUAGAUUUUAAUGAUACCUAAUAUCGAUAGAUGAGUAAAAAAGAUUACAGACACUUUAAUGUGCUAAAAAAAAUACACGACGUGACGACUUAAAAUAUCGAUAUAAUAUUAUGUUACAGCAACAUAUCGAUAUUUAUAUAAGAUUUCUGUUAUGGUAAUGAAAUGUUAUUGCAUUAGCAAUAAAUUUUAAGUUUAGCAAUAAUUUGUAAGAGUCUGCACAACAAAGCCGCCAACCCCAAGCCUAGCCGCAAAGGCGGCGGCUUGUUGUCCACGGCUUUUUGGAAAAUAUUUUCGUUUAUUUGUGUCGAGAUGUCGAAGGCAUAACCGCGAUUUUUACGCGCUUAAUUUCACAAAAGCCGCCGGACUUCGUGGCCAGUCGGAGGGUUUGAUGUGUAGUGUCCUUAUAAGUAAUUUCUAACAAGAGCGAGAAUAUGAUGUUUUUACUAAAACGAGUAAAACUUUAUACAGAAUAAAAGUUGGAAUUGGAUAAUUGGAAUUUCGUAUGGAUGGAUUACAUAGUUUUGAUACUUAAAAAAUAAAUACAAGGUAUGUAAUCUAUGCAUUGACGAAUGUUGGAAGGAGCCUCUGUUUUUAUAGAUAAGGGAAAGGAUGGGUUUGCUAGAACAAUAAAAAUAGCUUUUGCUAUAAAAAAAAAUGUUCGAACGCGUUAGAAAAAUGUUUAACACAUAACGCGAGUCUUUUAUUUUAAGGUUGUGACAUUUGAAACAUCAAAUUAGUGUUGUGCUAUUUUAUUUUAUCGUUAAUAUUUCACGUGGUACAUUCGAGUAUGUGUGGUUUGGUUUUAAAAGUUUGGUUCAUAAUUAAAUCCAUAAAUGUUGUGGCAGAUGGGGCACUUAUAGUAAUGUAUGUUUGGUAAGAGACUAGAAACGAUCGUUUUAAAAUAACUAAGCAAGUAUUCUAUCGUCAAUUUGAGUACUAAGCGUUAAGAGAAGGUUUACUUACUACAAUAUGUAGCAUUAGCAUAGGUACCUAACUGUAACUCGUGCAUUUUUUUAGGACCAGGCUUACUGUUAGAGACUAUUGAUUGCUCAUGCAAAAGUUCAAACAAUAAAUGGAAAAUGUGUUCCCGAAAUAAUAUCAUCUGUAUCAGAUGAAGUUCAAAUUAGCUGGUUUAUAGUAAUAAUUUACUAACAAUUGACAUUAUCGAUAAGUUUCUAUAAGUAUACCUAUUUUAGUACAAUUAAUAAAUAGGUUACUUAAUAAGGGUGUGUGUGCGCUUAGUAUGAUUGAAGUUUCAUCAUGUUUCAAGUACAUUUACUUACUUUAUGAGUAACUAAAUUUGCGCUCUUUUUCCUAUAUUACCAAUAAAAACUGGCCCAAAUCUAUACAAUAUUUAUGAUACAGCUAUGCAAAUCUUAAAUUUUUUUUUGAGAUAUAUUUAUCGAUAAUGAAAUUUAUAUCUUUUGGUCAUCACUAAA